GCUUUAGAAGAAGUAGAAGGAGAUGUGACUGAACUGGAGCUGAAGCUUGACAAGCUGGUGAAGCUUUGUAUUGCAAUGAUUGAUACUGGGAAAGCGUUCUGUACAGCCAACAAGCAGUUCAUGAAUGGAAUUCGAGACCUUGCACAAUAUUCCUGUAAAGAUGUGUUGGUUGAGACCAGCUUGACAAAGUUCUCUGACACCUUACAGGAAAUGAUCAAUUAUCACAAUAUCCUAUUUGACCAAACCCAAAGAUCAAUUAAAGCACAGCUUCAGACUUUUGUUAAAGAAGAUAUUAGGAAAUUUAAAGAUGCAAAGAAACAGUUUGAAAAAGUUAGUGAAGAAAAAGAGAAUGCUCUGGUGAAAAAUGCCCAAGUUCAAAGAAACAAGCAACAUGAAGUAGAGGAAGCAACCAACAUUUUGACUGCAACACGGAAAUGUUUUCGACACAUAGCUCUGGAUUAUGUUCUUCAGAUCAAUGUUCUUCAGUCUAAAAGGAGAGCAGAAAUCUUAAAAUCGAUGUUAUCGUUUAUGUAUGCCCAUCUGGCUUUUUUCCAUCAAGGCUAUGAUCUUUUUAGUGAACUUGAGCCCUACAUGAAAGAUCUUGGUGCACAGCUGGAUCAGUUGGCUGUAGAUGCUGCAAAGGAGAAGAGAGAUAUGGAGCAAAAGCACUCCACUAUUCAACAAAAGGAUUAUUCCAGCGAUGAUACUAAACUAGAAUAUAAUGUAGAUGCAGCCAAUGGUAUCGUUAUGGAAGGUUAUCUAUUUAAGCGAGCCAGCAAUGCCUUCAAGACUUGGAACAGGCGCUGGUUCUCAAUACAAAAUAACCAACUUGUGUACCAGAAGAAAUUUAAGGAUAAUCCCACAGUAGUUGUUGAAGACUUGCGGCUUUGCACAGUUAAACACUGUGAGGACAUAGAAAGACGUUUCUGUUUUGAGGUGGUUUCUCCAACAAAAAGCUGCAUGCUUCAGGCUGACUCGGAAAAGCUGCGACAGGCUUGGAUUAAGGCUGUUCAGACAAGUAUUGCUACAGCAUAUAGAGAGAAAGGGGAUGAAUCUGAGAAACAGGAAAAGAAAUCGUCCCCUUCUACUGGAAGCCUAGAAUCUGGCAGUGAGACAAAAGAGAAGUUGUUAAAGGGAGAAAGUGCUCUACAGCGAGUUCAGUGUAUUCCCGGCAAUGCUGCCUGCUGUGAUUGUGGUUUGGCAGAUCCUCGCUGGGCCAGUAUCAACCUAGGAAUCACGCUGUGCAUUGAGUGCUCCGGGAUACACAGGAGCUUGGGAGUCCACUUUUCAAAAGUAAGGUCUUUAACGCUGGAUUCAUGGGAACCUGAACUUCUAAAGCUUAUGUGUGAAUUGGGAAAUGAUGUUAUAAAUAGAAUAUAUGAAGCGAAGUUGGAAAAAGUGGGAGUAAAGAAGCCACAGCCUGGAAGCCAAAGGCAAGAAAAGGAGGCAUACAUCAGAGCAAAAUAUGUGGAAAGAAAGUUUGUAGAGAAGCAGCCUGCAUCAGUAUCUCUGCUUGAAUCUGGAACAAAAGUUUUGCCUCAAAGUCAGGCAGAGAAAAGGCACAGUGGCCCUGAAAAAUCCCUUUUGGCAGGGGAGCAAGUACAAAGCAGCGAUAGUGGGAUCCAGCAGAGUGCUGAUGACAGCAGAGAACACCUUGCCUCUACUAUAUCGGUGAACAGUUUGUAUGAACCAGAAGGCGACAAGCAAGAAUCUUCUGUGUUCUGUGACUCCAGACAGCCUAGUCCAGGAUUGCAGCUGUAUCGAGCUGCCUUUGAGAAGAAUCUUCCUGAUAUGGCAGAAGCAUUGGCCCAUGGAGCUGAAGUAAACUGGGUCAACGUAGAAGAAAACAAAGCAACGCCACUCAUUCAGGCAGUGCGAGGGGGUUCGUUGGUUACUUGUGAAUUCUUGCUGCAGAAUGGGGCCAAUGUGAACAUCAGGGACGUGAAAGGAAGAGGACCCCUGCACCAUGCCACGGUUCUAGGACAUACUGGACAAGUGUGUUUAUUCCUAAAACGAGGAGCAAACCAGCAUGCCACUGAUGAAGAUGGGAAAGAUCCAUUGAGUAUAGCAGUAGAAGCUGCAAAUGCAGAUAUUGUAACAUUGUUGCGUUUAGCAAGGAUGAAUGAAGAAAUGCGUGAAUCAGAAGGACUCUACGGACAGCCAGGAGAUGAACUUUAUCAGGACAUUUUUCGUGACUUUUCUCAAAUGGCGUCAAAUAAUCCAGAGAAGCUAAACCGUUUCCAGCAGUCAGAUUCCCGGAAGUCUUAAGUGUCAAGAAGGAAAAAAAACCUGAUCUUUAUAGUGCAAGUCUUUUUUUACUUUAACAGAAUGAAUUAUAUGCAUUUUGUUAGAUAGUUUGGAUAAAAUGACCACUCUGAUGUAGCU